CCUGUUUGUUGUUGGAGAAAGGAGAGAAAGGAAAGCGCUAGGAGCAGCCGUCACCGUCAUCAGCGCCGCCGCGCCGGAGUCGAGGGAGACCGGGCCCCUUCCCGCCGCGCCGUCCCGCCGCCGGCCCCGCGUCCUCGGACUUGUUCCAACAGCCUGUUAAAACAUGGUGGAUUACUAUGAAGUUCUAGGCGUGCAGAGACAUGCCUCAGCCGAGGAUAUUAAAAAGGCAUAUCGGAAACUGGCACUGAAGUGGCAUCCAGAUAAAAAUCCUGAGAAUAAAGAAGAAGCAGAGAGAAAAUUUAAACAAGUAGCUGAAGCAUAUGAGGUGUUAUCAGAUGCUAAAAAACGGGACCUCUAUGACAAGUACGGCAAAGAAGGAUUAAACGGUGGAGGUGGAGGUGGAAGUCACUUUGACAGUCCGUUUGAGUUUGGCUUCACAUUCCGUAACCCAGAUGACGUCUUCAGGGAAUUUUUUGGUGGAAGGGACCCGUUUUCAUUCGAAUUCUUUGAAGACCCAUUUGAAGACUUUUUUGGUAGUCGAAGGGGCCCCCGCGGAAGCAGAAACCGAGGCACAGGGUCGUUUUUCUCUGCCUUCAGUGGAUUUCCAUCUUUUGGAGGAGGAUUUCCUUCUUUUGAUACAGGAUUUACUUCCUUUGGUUCACUGGGUCAUGGGGGCCUCACUUCGUUCUCUUCCACGGCGUUUGGUGGUAGUGGGAUGGGCAACUUCAAAUCUAUAUCAACUUCUACUAAAACUGUUAAUGGCAGAAAAAUCACUACAAAGAGAAUUGUCGAGAAUGGUCAAGAAAGAGUAGAAGUUGAAGAAGAUGGCCAGUUAAAGUCUCUAACGAUAAAUGGUGUAGCAGACGAGGACGCCUUCGAGGAAGAGUGCAGGCGAAGAGGCCAGAAUGCGCUGCCCUCCCAGCCCGCCAGCACCAGCGUCCGCUCGCUGAGGUCGCACAGGCCUGCCUCUCUACCCAAACACACAUCUCACUAUGUUUUUGAGGACGAGGACGAGCAAGGCAGACAUCGGGCCACGAGCAACUGGGAUCCCUCCAUGUUCUCAGCAGGAUUCAAAGAAGGUGGCAAGAGGAAGAAGCAGAAGCAGAGAGAGGAGUCGAAGAAGAAGAAGUCAACCAAAGGGCACCCCUAGACUGGACUUGGCGGAUGCGCUGGCUCCGCCCGAGCCUCGGCGCCCAGGCUGCUCUGUGGUUGUGCGCACGCGUUAGGUAGCGGCAUCUGCUUCACCUCUGUCCCAAGACCACACCUCCUCAGCAUCGGGGACGCUGAUCACGGAUCAGCCAGAUUAGGGACGGUGGGAGACGGGAGAGAUGGUCCUGGGUGGCGAUGGCAGAAAUGCAGAACCCGCUAGACCGUCUCUGCUUCUCCCCAGCACUAAAUCCGACAGUGUUUCCUCUAGCGUGGUCAGCAGUCAGCUCCUUCUUUCAGCUGUCCAGCGCCAUGCAGCCUGCUGCCACAGCCAUGGCUGCAGAGGGCUGGUGAGGUGCAGACCGGUACCUGAGUGCGCAUCCCCCGAACGGCUUUCCUUCCUCGCAGCAGCACAGUGUUUGAAACUAGACUGUAGUCGAGUAUAAGGUGACUUAAAGGUGACGUCAAUCCCAUGCUGAAUCAUGACCCUCAAGGGGACUUUCUCUCAGUCCAGGGAGCCAGACCUUCAAAGCAGCUCCUUAGAGUGACCUGGCCGCUCGCUUAACCUGCCAGCCCACUGGUGAGUCAUUUCAGAUGUAAAGUCCUUCCAUAUAUUUACGGUUUUAAUUUUAAUCCUCUCCAAGUAGUCCAAAUUCUACUUCAAAUAUUUAAUUUUUGCUGAAUUCCAUCUUUUUUCCUGGAAUCCACAAUUGUUCUUUUUAGCAUGAACACAGGAUUCUACAAAAUUUUGUUCAGUAGUACCAUCUCUGGCUCUUAGUUUAAGGUCAUGCUGGGGAAAAACACAUGACUUAUUUACACACACACACACACUCUCGGAUAUUGAGCAAGUACACUAAGUAUUUUAGUUUGUAAACGUUGGCACCUUUGAAACAUCGCUUUAUUCCAGCAAGCCCCUCCCCAGUGUCCUGUGAUUGCUUCUUUGCGUGGCAGCUUGCUUCCUGCCCUUGGUUUUCUCAGCACCGACGAGCUCUGGUGCCGCCUGGCUGCGCCCUGCAUGCCGCAGCACCUGCCCCCUCUAACAGAAGUGCUGCUGCUCGCGCGGCCUGUCCCUCUGCUCUCUGGGAAGGGAGGGUACUGUGGAAAGCUUGGAUGUGAUUUGAAAAUGCCAGCAACUUUAAUCUAGCAGAGGCAAAACCUGGGAAAUUUUGGGCCCAAUCCUAGUGGCAGUGCCGUGGGCUUGGAAGGCAGAAGUGAGUGUAAUCUUUGUGGUUUCAAGAUGAUGGUUACAGAGAAGUUUGCUUUGUUUGUUUAUUUGGUUUUGGUGGGGAGGUGGUAUGGACUGUUGGGUGAAGAGUGGACUGCUAUUUAAUGCUUGUUGUGGAAAAUGUAACCAUCAAAGCGUAACAGUGUUUUAAGUGCUCCCGACGUAAAUAAAAUGUAAGUGUAAUUUU